AUGCGCAUGAAUUCUGAAAAGUUCGGUAACACCGGCCUUGUCCCGUUUGAGCAGAUCCAAGGCUACAUGCCAGGCAGAAUUCCUGCAUAUAGCAACAAGCAUGAUCACUACUUUUCUGCCGAGCGUCACAUCGAACGUAAUAUCUUUUUUGGCUUUAAGUACCAAUGUGUGGAGUUCGCGCGGCGAGCUUUAUACCUACGCAAGGGCCUCCUCCUGCCAAAUGUCGAUACCGCCUCCAAUAUUGUGCAUCUGACCCAUGUGCACGAUGUACAGACUGCCCAGACCAUUCCCCUGCGCUUCAUUCCGAAUGGUUCGCCCGAAAAACCCGUUGAGGACUCCCUUUUCAUUUCGCCCGCGACGGAAAAAAACCCCUUCGGCCACGUCGGUGUGAUCUCCGAAGUCGGCGAUGACUACGUUGGUAUCGCCGAUCAGAAUUGCGUCUUUUACAAAUGGGAGGGUCCCUACGGCUAUAAACUCAAGCUUACACACGAAAAUGGGCUGUGGACAAUCCAUGAUGAUAUUGGCGUGCUCGGUUUUGACAUCCCUGCCGGGUGGGUAACUUUUCCCGGCGUGGCGAACCUCGAAGAGGGAUCGGAACCGUUGCCCGUUCACGAGAGUCUGUGGUUUCCGAAACCCCCCGCGCUCUCCUUCGAACGAGUUUCCAUCAACGCCAAGUCCAAAAAGUUUGAUUGUCUUGAUCUGAACAGUCCGGCAGAAAAGCUUUUUGUGGAGGAGUUUGGGAUAGACGUCACGCGAUCUUGUAAGUCUGAGACGAAGGUCAGCUACUACGAUAUGAAUUCAGAAUUGUACCUCCGCACCGUGGCCUACGCCAAUCAGGUUCACGCCAUCUUUUUAGAGGCCACCGGAAUGGUUAUCGCCGAUGACGAGAAGCUCCGUUUAUUUCACAUUCCCGAGGAGUUUUGGCCUCAAUUGCGCCACUCAUGGGAGCAUCAUCGCGAAUCCAUCACUGGACGCUUUGAUUUCGCCUUUAACUCGACACAAGGGCUCAAAUGUUUUGAGUACAACGCGGAUAGCGCCUCGACGCUGUUGGAGUGUGGGCGAAUUCAGAAAAAGUGGAAGCAGUCGGUGGGGGUGGAUCUAUCCAACUCACGGAGCGCGGGCUAUUGGAUGGAUCGCAAUUUGCAAAUGGCCUGGAUGGAGUCGGGAGUGAAAGGCUGCGUGCACUUUUGCGUGGAUAACGAUCACGAGGAGAUGUACACGGCCCUUUAUUGCAUGGAGGCCGCGAACGCGGUGGGGCUGAAAGGGAAACUCUGCGUGUUGUUUGACGAAUUCCAUUUUGACGAUGCAGGCCGCAUUGUUGACCAUGAAGGGGUUGCCGUACGAUAUAUAUGGAAGACCUGGAUGUGGGAGAGCGCGAUUGCAGAUUAUUACGACGCCAAAAAGACCCGCGGCGAGAACUGGACGCCGCGCCCCGAUGACAAAGUUCGCUUGUGCGAUCUCUUGCUGGGGAAGGAUUGGACUAUUAAAGUCUUUGAGCCGAUGUGGAAGCUCAUUCCGAGCAAUAAGGCCAUUCUGCCCCUGAUUUACCAGCUCUAUCCGGAGCAUCCCGCGAUUCUUCGGGCGGCGUACGAGCUCACCGACGACUUACGACGCGCGGGGUAUGCGAAAAAGCCCAUUGUGGGCCGAGUGGGCCGCAAUGUCACCCUUGCUAAUACGGAUGGCCACAUCAAAGCGGCCUCAAGUGGAAAUUAUGGCGAGCGCGAUAUGAUCUACCAAGAGCUUUUUAAUAUUCCGGAGCAGGAUGGCUACUACGCGAUUCUGGGGGUCUGGAUCAUCGGGGACAUGCACGGCGGGAUUGGGGUGAGGGAGGACAAAACGUUGAUCACAGGGCUUGAUAGCCCAUUUGCGGCGGUUUGUCUGAACUUCGGCUCUUCCACUAAUUCGAAAGACACCUCGCGCUCAUCGGUGGUUGCGGAGGAUGAUUAAUGAUCCUUCCCUCAACCGUGUCAACGUCGCUGACUUUUUUUUUCUUAUUAGAAAAUAUUUUCAGGGAUAAAUCUAAAAACUUUUUAAUUUUGUUGCAUUUAUUUUAUAAGCUUAUUAAACCUUUAUAUGUUCUAGGUUGUCCCUCAAAUUUAUCAUUAUCUUACCCAAUUUUUUUUGUUUUCAUUUCUCUAUUCUUUUCUUCAAGGGUAGUCGGUCAAUUUAAGCCGUCGCUGCAACCUUGAAAAUACGUGGGAAAGGAUUCAGAUGGAGGAAAAUAAUUUAAUUUAAAGGAGUAUAAGGUAAAGGUAAAUAAACGCUUAGAAUAUUGCAGGGAAAAUGAAAAUUGCAAUUGUAUUAGCAUAAAACUAAAUACUUCUUCAGUAUUUUGAUUGUUUAUUUUUAAAAUUUAUUAAUGCAGGCCCUACUUCUCAUCUCCGUUAUUAUUCCGUGUCUUUUCAAACCCUAACUGUUCUGGGACAGACAGAGAGGCCAUCCUAGGACCUGAAGGAAGGAGAGUUCAUGUGAAUGAGAAAUUUGUGCAGGAGGGGAACUGCAGAAUAUGAAAACAGGUAAUCUGAAGAGGAGCUUCAUCAUCUUAUUUGUAUCUGCCUAGUUUAACAUCCGUCUUUAAUAUAUAUCGGUUACUUCAUGCACUAUUUCUCAUCUUCCAAAAAGAUACAUUUCAACUCUUUCGUUAAUUGUUCGUGUGCCUUUAGUAACAUAUAAGGUAGCUUGGGUCAUUAUUACCAUUACUUUUAUUAUAUCUGUCGAAUGUUUUUUGCCUAGCGACAGUUAUAUUUACCUGUUUAUCCGAGUUUCUCUGAUAAUGGUAAUAAUGACUAAUUACAGAGUGCAAUGUUAUCUUCGGGAGUUUACUUUUUGAGAAUUAUCCUGGUUCAAAAAAAAUUAUUUUCGUUCGAAAUUUAGUCUAUCUACGAUGCUACCACUAUUUUUUUCCCCCUGAUUAGUUAAUUAAUUAAGCCAUUUCAUGGGCAUAGCAACUAUGCAGAAACUGUGGUUCUUUAAUCCGCAACUAAAUCCUAUGUAAGAGCACUACACUGACAAAAAAAAAAA